UUCCUAUCGCACAGAACUUGGAACGCAGCGUAAACGCCGUAAAUGCACGUAUGUCGGAGUUUGACGGCGCAUUUGACUUUACUGGUCGAAUAAACACAUUUGGAUACUACAAGAGUUGAUUAUAAAAUUCACGCUACGAAUAGAAAGCGAUGGCACUCUCGACCAGUCCAAUUUCACCAUCGGUUGAUCUCAGCUCCUAUCGUGAUCAGCACUUCAAGGGAUCCCGAGUUGAACAGGACCGACUAUUGAGGAACUCGACGACUCUGUACAUUGGUAAUCUCUCGUUUUACACAACAGAGGAGCAGAUAUAUGAACUCUUUUCAAAGUGCGGAGACAUUAGACGAAUUAUUAUGGGACUGGAUAAGUACAAAAAAACUCCAUGUGGAUUUUGCUUCGUCGAGUACUAUUUGAGACCCGAUGCGGAAAAUUGUAUGCGAUAUGUUAAUGGGACCCGCUUAGACGACAGAAUUAUACGUACGGAUUGGGAUGCCGGGUUCAUCGAAGGCAGACAGUAUGGACGAGGAAAGACAGGCGGUCAGGUCAGGGACGAAUACAGAUCCGACUUUGACGGUGGCAGAGGUGGUUAUGGAAAAAUAAUCCAACAAAAAGUAACACCCGUUGUGGAUGGGGCAUUUGGCCGAUGAACUACACACCUAUGGAUGACAAUCUCAUUUGAUCCUGAUCGGUGGUCAGCCGCCAAAAUCGUCGUCGUCUCAUACGCGGACCAGUCUUCUGUGCGGGAAACUAAGAAAAACACCCUUGAAUACUGUCUCGGAAUUUGAGGUCGUCUUAUACGCGGGGUGGCUUAUACGUAGAAGAAUAUGGUA